AUGGUACGAAUCAAGAAUCGGUACCUUCUGGUCAAUAUUCUCUACCCUGAACUGGAGAAAAAUACCGGCGGCAAAGAAAAACUACCAGAUGUAGUGGUGUUCAAUCAACCAACCGUCGAUGCACUGACUUCGCGCGCAUUACUGAGAGGCAUUCAACUGGAAGUUGCGAAUCUUUUUGGAGAUUAUGGAAGCGGCGCAAUUGCAGACAGUAUUGCAGUAAAAUAUUUGUCAUCUGCGACAUCGACAUUUAUCCUACGGGUUUCGCGAGCACAUUAUAGGAUUGUUUGGGCAGCUUUGUCGCUAAUGAAUAGCUUGCCUAUCAAAAACGGUAAAAACUGUGUGUUCAGAGUUGUAAGGGUCAGUGGGACAAUUAGAAAGGCAGAGGAAGAAGCUAUUAGAAGGGCGAGGGAGAUGAUAUUAAAGGCCCGCAGAGAUCUGGGCGAACAAAGUGAAUCUACACUGGAGAAGAUGUUUGGCACAAACAAAGGUGCUACGGCAAAAUCCGCAAAAGAUGUCAUGAUGGUGGAUGCAGUGGAUAGUGAGGACGAUGAAGAAUUAAGUGAUGGAAAUGGUUGA